AUGCGAGAGCUAAUGCAAAAUGGACCAGUUGAAGUAGAUUUUGAAGUUGGAGCCCUACUUGGUGGACAUGCAGUGCGUUUACUUGGUUGGGGUGAAGAGAAUAAUGUACCCUACUGGUUAAUUGCUAAUUCAUGGAAUAGUGAUUGGGGGGAUAAUGGUUAUUUUAAAAUAGUUCGUGGUAAAAAUGAAUGUGGGAUUGAAAAUGAUGUCAAUGCUGGAAUACCGAAAACAAAAUACUAG